AUGGCAGCUCCCCGCACAACCACCGCCCUUGUCAUCCCCGAACUCAACGGCCAGUUUGAGCUUCAAGAAGUCCGGCUAAACGACAUCCAACCAGAUGAAGUCCUCGUCGAGAUCGAGGCUUUCGGAAUCUGCCACACCGAUCUCUCGUUCGCCGCCGGCUUAUUGCCAUGUAGACCCGGCGCCGUGUUGGGCCAUGAAGGCGCCGGCAAAGUCCUCUCCGUCGGCUCCUCCUCCACUAGCCACCUCUCCCCAGGCGACUCCGUCCUCCUCUCCUUUUCCCACUGCGACUCCUGCCCUUCUUGUCUCUCCGGCCAUCCUGCCUACUGCCACUCCUUCAACGCCCGCAACUUUUCCGGCUGCCGUCCUUUGCCCGUCCAUCCCGACGGCUCUAUCGAUUCCUCCUCCUUUCUCAAGUCUGACCCGACCGUGGACCCUUCCUAUGCAACUUUCUUAACACCCGACACCAACAAACCCAUCUUUUCGCAAUUCUUCGGCCAGAGUAGUUUCGCGCGCCACACGCUCGUACAUAAAUCCUGCUGCGUCAAAGUCCCCCCCGGAACAAACCUGGCGCUCUACGCCCCCAUGGGCUGCGGUAUGCAAACCGGCGCUGGCGCCGUUCUGAACUCGUUGGGGGUAAAACCCGGAUCGAGCAUCGCCGUCUUUGGUGUGGGCAGCGUGGGGAUGGCGGCCGUCAUGGCCGCUGCGCAUAUCGCCAAAGCCAAGACGAUUAUCGCUAUUGAUUUGCAGGCGUCCAGACUGGAACUCGCCCAGAAACUGGGGGCUACGCAUACCGUGUUGGGAGAAAAUAAUAAUAAUAAUAAAAGUAGUAGUAGUGGUGAGGAGGAAAUGAUCAAAAAGGAGGUGAGGAGGAUAUGUCCCCCCGUGGGAGUCGAUUACGCGGUGGACUGCACGGGGUCGGUGGCGGUGAUUAAAACCAUGAUUGAAGUUCUGGGGACGAGGGGCAGGGCGGCGACGGUGGGUGCACCGGGUUUUGGAAAGGUGGUGGGGGUGGAUGUGAUGGAGCAUUUGACGUAUGGGAAGGAGUAUGUGGGCAGUUGUGAGGGGGAUAGUUUACCUAAGGAGUUCAUCCCGUUCCUCAUCGACCAACACGCCAAGGGCAACUUUCCCAUGGACCAGUUCGUCACUUUUUACGAUGUUAAGGACUACAAGAAGGCUUUGGAGGAUUCGCACAAUGGAAAGGCCAUCAAGGCUGUUUUGAAAUGGUAG